AUGCAGUGCGCCAGGGUGCAGGUCCCCAAAGCGCAGCACACCUAUCUACAUACGCGUGUAGCUCUGGCCAAGCACCGGACAUCGGGCGAUGUGUCGCGUCCCCCACAGCCAACACCCAACGCGCCUGGCAAAACGAUGCCUGCGCAGCGCAAGAGCCAAGUGCCGAGCGCAAAGAAUUGGGCGCAGUCUGGCGCACGGAAAUAUGCACCGCAGCACAAGAACACUUUUUCGCCCCCACCGAAAGCGCCGCUGAAACAAGAAGCUGCACAUACCAAGCAAAUCAGUCUGCCGCGUGUUAUUUCCGUCGAGCACCUUGCCCGCAUCCUCGGCGUGAAUAUGCGCAUGCUGCAGUUCCGGAUGGAAAAGAUUGGAUUGACCGAUACACGCGCAGACCACCUACUCAAGUUUGAGGACGCAGAGUUGCUUGCGGCAGAAUACAACGCCGUAACAAGUGUCGACGAGGAGCGUGCGUUCGAUAUUCACGCACGGCCUUUUGUGCCUGCGUCGGAGCAAGCCAGCCUGCCAUUGCGUCCACCAGUCGUGACGAUCAUGGGCCACGUCGACCACGGAAAGACUACGCUCCUGGAUACCUUACGUUCUUCCUCGGUAGCGCAGGGCGAGGCCGGCGGCAUCACGCAGCACAUUGGUGCAUUCUCCGUGCCUGUCCAGCGCAAGGGCCAAGGCGGCAUUGAUACAGUCACUUUCCUCGACACGCCUGGCCAUGCAGCGUUUUCCAUGAUGCGCAGCCGAGGCGCUUCCGUCACAGACAUUGUCGUGCUGGUCGUCGCAGCAGACGACGGCGUGAUGCCGCAGACAAAAGAAGUGAUCCAGCUGGUGCAUGGCGACCAAGGCACGCGUGUUCCCCUCGUCGUGGUCAUUUCCAAGAUCGAUGCGCCUAACGCGGACGUGGAGAAGGUCAAGUACGCGUUGAUGGGCGCUGGGAUCGCCGUAGAAGAACUUGGCGGCGAAAUCCCAUGUGUCGAGAUCAGUGCGCGGAAACAUAUCGGGAUUGAUACGCUCGAGGAAACGCUUGCGCUCCUCGCCGAGCUGGCCGAACUGCGUGCGGAAAAAGAGGGCGCGGCCGAAGGGCGCGUGCUGGAAAGCCGCGUAGAAAAAGGGCGUGGAAAUGUGGCUACGGUGCUGGUACAGCGGGGUGUGCUGCGCCCCAGCGAUACAGUGCUUGCCGGCACGGCAUGGGCCAAAGUACGGCAGCUGACCCAGCCCGACGGCAAGCCUACCAAGGCAGUCUACCCAGGCUACCCUGCCCAAGUCGCCGGAUGGCGCGAGCUGCCCGCGGCGGGCGAUGCAUUCCUCGGCGCAGACGAAGCCGCGUGCAAACGCGCAGUCGAGAGCCGCAAGCGCCGCUUGGAGCAGGCUUCCCUGCUCGAGGACGCAGAAAAAAUCGACGAAACCAGGCGGCGUGUGGCCGAGGCCGAGCUGCAGCGCGAGCGCCUGGCGUAUGAAGAGCGCCAGCAGCUGCGCGAGCUGCGCCGCAAAGAGUCCGAAGGCAGCUUCGAUGCGGAUGCACUCGAGGCCGUCACGCAGGCACAGCGCGCGGCGCGCGCUCUGAACGAAACACAUGUCGAAAAAGCGCGCAAAGAGCUACUCUUGAUCCUCAAGGGCGACUUUUCCGGCACCGUUGAGGCGCUCUCCGGCGCAGUCAGCGGAAUUGGAAACACCGAGGCAGUCGUACGCAUCGUGUCCCAGAGCGUCGGCGACCCCACCGAAGGCGACGUCCACACCGCGCAUGCCAUCGGUGGGCAAGUACUUGGCUUCAACGUCAAAGCGCCCAAGGGUGUGCAGUCUCUUGCCGCACGACUGCAGCCGCGCGUGGCCGUACACUGCGACGAUGUGAUUUACAGGCUUAUGGAGCACGUCACCAGCCAAGUUGCGGCACUGCUGCCGCCCGUGCAGGAGCUGCGUGUCCACGGCGAGGCGCACGUCUCGCAGAUUUUCCAGAUCAAGGGCAGCGGGCGCGCGGCAAAGAGCAUUGCCGGGUGCCGCGUUACGAACGGCUUGAUUUCCCGCGCGAACCAAGUCCGAAUCUUGCGCGGCGCGCAGCGCGAGGAAGUGUUCCGCGGCAAAUUGGACGCGCUGCGCCAGGUGAAGAAGGACGUCUCGGAAAUGCGCAAAGGCACCGAGUGCGGUAUGUCGUUCGAUGGGUUCGACGAGGUGUGCGUGGAUGAUGUCGUGCAGUGUUUCACGACGGUGGACGUGCCACAGACACUGUAA